UUUAGCUUCCUUCAUAUUAUUUAUUUUGUUUUUUAUAAAUUGCGAUUUUCUUAAUGUCAUUAAGUUGGUCAAAAAAAUAUUUUCGAAAUUCGGUGAUCUAAAAAAGGCAAUCGUACAUCAAAAGCGCUUAGGAAAAGUAACUGAUUUUGAUUUACAAAUAACAAAUGCACAAACUAAAGAAGGCGUAUGGAGGACAUUAGAAGCAUUUCUUAUUUUUGAAGAUUAUAUUACAUUGGUUACAUCAGAUAAUAAAUUUCGACUCCAUGUUGGCAAUUGCAUUUAAAUUGGCAAAAGGUGCUUGACUGACAAUUUACAGAAUACCAAGAUGACUCUGCUUUAAUACCCAAAAACACCUCACUCAUUAUUGCUAGAAUUCCAAUAUCUCAACCAAAAAAGACUUGGAAUACCCAAAAUACCGAAAAAACUCAACAGACUCGACAAAUAUCUCGAGGAGAUUCGAACUCUUUAGACUUGUCAAAAAUGAAAGGUAGUGAAGAAGACAAAAUCUUCGAAAUGAUGAUUCAGAGCACUGCUGAUUAUGACCCCAAAAGUUAUCACAGAAUUAGAGGACAUUCGCAAAUAGGAGAAGUUCCUCCCACAUAUCGUUGUAACAGGUGCAAGAAAACGGGCCAUUGGAUAAAAAAUUGUCCGUACACUUCAGGAAAGGAACAUAGCGAUAUCAAGAGAAAUACCGGAAUACCAAGAUCCUUCCUCGAUAAGGACGACAAAGAAAUACCUGCCGAUUUUCCAGAGCCAGCAAUGACAAUUGAAAAUAAGAAAGAAAUUCCGGAGGAUUUAAUAUGCAGUAUUUGUAAGGACCUGUUUGUUGAUGCUGUGAUGAUUCCUUGCUGUGGAAGCUCAUUUUGUGAUGAUUGUGUCCGAAGUGCUCUGCUUGAGUCUGAAGACAAUGAGUGUCCUGAUUGUAAAGAAAAGGGUUGUUCUCCAGGUUCGUUGAUUCCAAACCGCUUUUUACGAAAUUCCGUUAACGCAUUCAAGAAUGAAAAUGGCUAUACAAAUUUGAGACCAAAGAAAGCCCUUGAAGAAAGAUCAGACGAGUUAGAAGAGAAAGUUUCAACGAAAGUAAAACUAGAUGCCGUUGAAGUUAAAAAAUCCGAAGAAAAUCAGACAGACGCAAAUAGCGGUCCUCAGGCUGAAGAAAAUAUUUUGAAGAAUGAUGCAUCCAAGCCUGAAGAGGUUGAGUCAGAUUACGAAGAUAAUAUUACCAUUACGAUGCCAUCAGGCCCAGUUAAGAACUCGAAUUCAACUGAAAUAGAACAAUCCGGAGGCAGUGUGAGUCAUCCUAAGCCCCCGGGUAUAGAAAGCUCACCACAUCAUAGGAUUCAGUUGUCGCCGUCAGAUAUUCUUAAGAGAGAUGGACAUACGGGAUCAGAUCAUCAAAAUAAUGAAUGGGAACAUGACUAUAAAUCAGACAGAGAUUAUCACAAGGAGGAUGCGAAUGGCAAUGUGUUUUAUAAGAAAUCCACUUUGAAGCAGCACACCCAUGCUAUAAAUGCCCAAGUACAUUAUGGUCCGAAUAAAAUUCAAGUACGUCCACCCAGGCUAAAUCAUAUGAUGGAAGUGUAUUCCGGUCCUCAUAAUAGAGUUAACGCUUAUCAGCAAAUGCCCGUUUCACAUGCAAUUGUUCAAGAUCCUGGAGUUCAAGGGCAACCUAUGUUACCAUUCGGGGUGUAUAAUCCAAUCGGACCUAGACCUAACAUUGGUUACCAACAUCCUGUUCGACCAAUGUUUCAUAAUGCUCCACCGGGCUUCCCGCCGAUUAGAUGCCCACCUACUGACAUGCAUCAUGGUAACAGUAAUCUUGCAUCAGUUUAUCAGGGUGUAGCAGCUAAAGUUGGUACCGGAAUAAUUGAAGACCCGUUGGAGACUUUUAAUCGACUUAUGAAGGAAAAAGAACGCCGGAGAGAAGACCGUCGCAGAUCGAUGGAACGACGCCGAUCUCGUUCUAAUGAAAGACCCCAUCGGGUGCGUGUUCAUGUAUCACCAUAUCGAAGAACUUCGCGGGAAAUUAAGGAGAAGCUCAGAUCGCACGAUAUAGACAAAAAGCGAGAUAAUGGAUUUGACCGUAAUAAAAUGAUGAAUAGACGGAGGCGAUCCAAUUCUUUCAGUGAUAAAAGUUCAAGGUCGAGAUCUUGGUCUAAAUCGCCUAUAAAAAAACGUUCUAGAUCACCUUAUAAUAAACGUUCUCGAAGCCGUACACAUACAUUUCAAGAUAAACAACGUGACCAAGGAAAAAUGCAUAAUAUUCGCGAAGACUUGCAUCAGGAGUCAACUAAUCCUAGGCGCAGCACUAGUGAGGAAAGAAUUCGUUUUUUAAGACAAAAUAACAUGGAAUGGUACCCUCAUCAAGGCAGUUCCCAUGGUUCGAUUGAAUCUGAAAGAUACCCAAUAUCAAGAAACGAUAGAUUCCAAGAGAAUUCUCAUGAGACUUUGGAACCUCCUCCUCCAGGCUAUGAAUCGAAUCCAUCAUCAUAUAAUAGCAGUUAUCAUUUCCAUCAGCAAGAUUAUACUAACACAAGAAUGAAAAGAACGGAACGUACUUCAAACGAUACGAAAGAAAAAAAGCAAUUCGAUUUCGGCGGCAGCUUGGAAAAAAAUGACGUCAAAUCCUCAACUAAGUCAACAGAAAAGAAUAUUAGGAGAACACGAAGUCCGACUCCGGUAUCUAAAAAAAGAUCUGGCAGUUGUGAUAAAGUCGAAAAAGGUAUCAAUAAACGUUCUAGGAAUAAUUUGCCUUCCUUUCGAAAAAGCAUCGAACGCAAUAAACCUGACGAUCAUCGACACAACUCUGGCUAUACUGAAGAUGCAAAACGGAGUAAUGAAAAGAAUCACGAAAAAAAUUUUAAAUCUUCCGAGAAAGAUGUAGAAACUAGUUGCAUAAAGAAGGAAAAGUCUGAGCGGCGAUCAAGUCCCGAGACGCAGAAAACUAAGACCAACAUUACUGCAACUAAAGAAGAAGAAGUCUAUUCGAAUUCCAGCAAGGAAGAGAAAAGCUCAAAGAAAACUAAGGAUAAAGAUCGAAAGAAGAAAAGAAAAGAUAGGAACGAAAAGAAAAAAAUCAAGAAAGAUAAAAAAAGUCGAAAAGAUCGAGAGAGACAAAGGAAUUCUAGUGAACCGGAAGAGCAGAAGCCUCAAGAGGAAUAUGAUAUAUCAAGAACACCUGAAUUGAAUACGAGUAAAAUUAAUUCAACGGUCGGAAAUAUUACUUCGAACGAAGAGUUUAAAGUAAAUAAAAUAGCAGUUAACAAUGAGAGAACUAAUAUGGGUAAUAAAGAAUUUUCUGAAGAUAAAAUGAACUCUGCGAAUGCUAAUGAGGCUGAAUUUAAACAAGUGGAUUCAGUUUUAGAUAUUCUUGAUUAUGAAACUGAAUUUGACGACUUAAAUUUGCAGGGUCAACAAAAGCAAAAAAAUGGGGCAUCUAUUCCUGAGCCCUCAAAAUGGGAAAUCGAUGAGCAGAAUGUUAAUGUUGCUAGUCAAGUAGUCAGUUUGGAGUCUAAGGAUGACAAUGAUUACCAAAGUGAGAAGAUGGUGAAUGAGAAGGUUACAAACGAAGUGUUGCGUAAAGCUGAAAACGCAAUAUUUGCACGUGCUAUUAAGGCAAUAUAUCCUUUUGAUAAAAACGACGUUAAUAAUGAUAAUCAGAGAGGAUUUACUGACACCCUGCCUAGAAUUACUACAAAGGACAAAAUUAAAAACUUUGAAAUCACUGUACCAACAAGUAAUAGUCAAGAACGUUCAGUUCAAAUAAAAGAAGAUCCCUCACAUUCCCCUAAAGUGGUUAAAUCAGUUAAAGAAAGAUUAGGAAGUAAAAUUACUAUGAAAUAUGACUAUUCGCCCGGCUGCGAAAACUCCAGCAAGCAGCAUAUAAUGAAAAGCAACUUAGCUGGCCAAAGUUCUUAUGAAAGGGUGGAGGAAAGAAACAGAAAUAAAUUCAAAGAUCGAGAUCGCGAUAUUCGAAAUAGUCGUGACAACCGUGAUAGGAUUACGAACAAUAAGUUUACAACAAUUUCGAGCAGAGAUAGGGACCGUGAACGUGUUCGUGAUCGGGACCGAGAUCGCGAUAGGUAUUAUGAAACUGACAAAUAUCGGAAUAAAGAUCGUGAUAGAGUUCGUGAUCGUGAAAGAAGUCACAUCACAGAUACUCAUCAGAAAUCUCAAAAGCAAAUAAAUCGUGAAAUAGAUAUGGCCUCAAGAAGUAGGCAGCGUGUAAGAGACAAAGGUGAAGGUGAAAAUCCCCAUACUAGUACAACCUUCAAGGAUAGGGAACGUACACCUUGUAUCUCAAAAGAAAAAGGAAAAUCGAAAAAAGAGAAUUAUGAUGAUCGUGAUAAUGAUGCUUGUUCUUCAAAUAUAGACCAAUUGAGUAAAAAAAGAAGCAUUUCAAAAGAUAAAAAUAAAACUGAAACCCAUGAGAUAAAAAAAUAUCUCACUGAACCGGAAACUAGAUUAAAAGCCCUAAGUCUUUGCAGUUCUUCAGGAUCGGUUGAAACAACCUCAGAUUCAGAAUCUGACGAAACUAGAAGAAAGAAGAAGCAUAAAUAUAAAAAAGACAAAAAACGUCCAAAACGGUCAGAAUCGGUUGAAUCCGCGGAUAGUUCAAAAGAAAAACAUGUGAAAAACAAAAAAAGAAAUAAGUCUUCAAAAAAGAAGAAGAAAAAUAAAAAAUAAUUUUUCAUAUUUCAUAUUUUAAUAAUUAUUGCAAAUAUAUAAUGUAUAGCUGUUAUACUAGAUUUUGUGUAAUAUUGAAUAAGAAGGUAUCAAUACAUACAUAUAAGUAUGUCUCAAUAAAUAAAUCUGAAUAAACAAUUCUCAAUAAUA